UGUGGGGCUCAGCACAGGCAGCCAGGCACUGGCUUUAGGGAACCAGUUCUUGUCUCCUGUGGCUGUUCCUACUGCUGCCUCUUCAGUUAUGCCAAUGCAGUAGUUCCUGAUGUGGUUCACUAUAAAAAUCAACCAGCAUUUGGAAAGAAUUAAUGUUGGGUGUUUAUUUAUUGUCUGUUCUGCUACGUCACACGGGCCUGCAAAUAUUUGUACUGGCACAGCUGAAGGAGGAGUGACCUGCAGUGUGCAGGGACACCAGAAUCAUGGAGGGGCUCUUGCAUUACAUAAAUCCAGCACAUGCCAUUUCCCUGCUGAGCACCCUGAACGAGGAGCGUCUCAAGGGACAGCUGUGUGACGUUGUGCUGAUCGUAGGAGACCAGAAAUUCCGAGCUCAUAAGAAUGUUCUGGCUGCCAGCAGUGAAUAUUUCCAGACUCUGUUCACAAAUAAGGAGAAUGAGUCUCAGUCAGUGUUUCAGCUCGACUUUUGUGAGCCAGAUGCUUUUGAUAAUGUGUUGAACUACAUUUAUUCUUCAUCCUUGUUCAUUGAGAAGGGCAGCCUCGCAGCAGUGCAAGAACUGGGCUACAGCCUUGGAAUAUCUUUUCUUACAAACAUUGUUUCCAAGAGUCCUCAAGCUCCUUUUCCUUCUUGUCCUAUGAAAAAAAUACUCUACCAAGAUGAAGAUGAAAGUAGUUCUCAGAAGAGAAGUGUCAUUGUCUGUCAGAACAGAAUUGAAGCACAAGCGAAAAGCGUAAAUCAAACACAGCACGACUUAAGCCAUACUCCUAAACCUUCACCCUCUGGGGCUGUCAAAGCUGGCAGCAGACCACAGGUAACAAAACCAACUGAAACCCUUCACAACUUAUCACUGACUGAAAGGAGGUGGCUGAAAGAAGGCCCUGUGAGCUAUACAAAGGUUCAUGAAACUUCUGGAACUGUGGAGGAUCAGAGCAGAGGUGCUUUAGUGAAAAGGAACAUGGUGCUGCCUCAGAUGUCUUUGGCAGAGAAAGAAAUGGCAAGCGGCGAGCCAGGAAGCAGCGCUCAGCUUCUGAGAGGAAAGGUUGCAGAGAUGUCAUUGAAAAGACCACGUCCACCAGUCUUGUCUCUGCGUGGGGCAGCGGAAUCCACGUUUCUGUUGCGAGAGGCAGGAAAAGGAAAUGGUCAAGGGGAAGACAGGAAUUUGCUCUACUACUCCAAGUUAGGGCUGGUAAUCCCAUCUAGUGGGUCUGGCCCAGAAAACCAAAGUAUUGACAGAAGUGGGCCCCUUGUAAAAAGUCUCCUUCGAAGGUCACUUUCCAUGGACAGCCAGGUUCCUAUUUACUCACCUUCUGUUGACCUAAAACCUGCACAGGUAUCCUCAUGCUCCUCACCGGGAACUAACGAUUCCCAGAAGGCAUUUAAUGUUGCAUCCCAAAAGUCAUCCUCGAAAGAGUCAUCGGAGAAGUCGGCCUUGGAUGAGAAGCCACAGGUAAUACACCCACAUCGCCUUAGGUCUUUCAGUGCCUCUCAGACAACGGAUCGGGAGGUGGCUUCCCCUCUCUCAGAGGUGAGGAUCAAAACUGAGCCCAGCAGUCCCCUCUCAGAUCCUGCUGACAUCAUCCGAGUCACGGUGGGUGAUGCUGCAGCAUCGGCAAACAAAGACUUUGCUUUUAAAACUGAGGAUGAUCGUAAGGAACCGAGCAGACUUCCAGCCAAAAGGAGGUUCCAGGAUGAUAGGAGGCCACCAUUCAAGAAGCUGAAGGCGGAUGAGCAGGGUUCUCCUGGCUCAGAAGAGAACUUUGAGGAAGGCUCGAGCCCCACGCACCUUGAUGCCGAUUUCCCUGAUUCUGAUGUCAGCAAAGAUGAAUACAGCGAGAUGGAAGAAGCAAGACCAAAUAAAAAAUUUAAAUGUAAACACUGCCUUAAAAUUUUCAGAUCAACAGCAGGUCUUCAUCGCCAUGUUAACAUGUAUCACAAUCCAGAGAAGCCCUAUGCUUGUGACAUCUGCCACAAGAGAUUCCACACCAAUUUCAAAGUGUGGACACACUGCCAGACACAACAUGGAAUUGUGAAGAAUCCCUCACCAGCUUCCAGUUCACAUGCCCUUUUGGAUGAAAAAUUCCAAAGAAAACUGAUCGAUAUAGUGAGGGAGAGAGAAAUCAAAAAAGCUCUGAUUGUGAAACUGAGACGUGGCAAGCAGAGCUUUCAGGGCCAGUCGGCUUCCCAAGCACAACAAGUCAUCAAAAGGAAUUUAAGGUCGAGAACCAAAGGAGCCUAUAUUUGUACCUACUGUGGGAAAGCUUAUCGUUUCCUCUCCCAGUUCAAACAGCACAUAAAAAUGCACCCUGGGGAGAAGCCCAUUGGAGGGAAUAAGGCUCCCAAGCAGAAAGAUCACAUUCAUAUUGAAAACCCCGUGGAAAACAAGGAGGUUUAUCAGUGCCGUCUCUGCAAUGCCAAGCUCUCCUCGCUGAUUGAACAGGGAAACCACGAGCGACUCUGUAGGAACGCCACUGUCUGUCCUUACUGCAGCCUUAGGUUUUCUUCUCCAGAGCUGAAGCACGAGCAUGAGAGCAAGUGUGAGUACAAGAAGCUGACUUGCCUUGAGUGCAUGCGCACCUUCAAAUCAUCCUUCAGCAUCUGGCGCCAUCAGGUUGAAGUUCACAAUCAGAACACAAUGGCUCCAUCAGAGAACUUCUCUUUGCCCCUCAUGGAUCACAAUGGAGAAGUCACCAGUUCCUCACGGCUGCCUUCGCAGUCGGAAUCCAAUAAAAUGAACAAUUUUGUUGCUGCAAAGGAGGACGGCGUGUUCAGUGAUUCGUCAGAACAAAUCAAUUUUGAUUCUGAAGACUCUUCAUGCCUGCCUGAAGACUUAAGUGUUUCCAAGCAGUUUAAAAUCCAGAUCAAAGAAGAGCCUGCAGAUGACAUAGAGGACGAGGUCACUGAAACGAGCAGGGAACCCAAGGACGUAGUCUCCAAGAAAGAUCCCAGUUUGUGGCCCUGUGAGAAGUGUGGGAAGAUUUUCACCUUGCGCAAGCAGCUGGAGCGGCACCAGGAGCUCCUGUGCUCGGUGAAGCCCUUCAUCUGCCACGUGUGCAACAAGGCCUUCCGAACCAAUUUCCGCCUCUGGAGCCACUUCCAGUCUCACAUGUCCCAGGCUGCAGAGGAGUCCACAAACAAAGAGCCUGAGAUAUGUCCACCAGCCAAUUCCCCAUCACCCCCACCCUUACCCCCACCCCCUCCUCUGCCCAAAAUCCAGCCUCUGGAGCCCGACAGCCCCACGGGCCUGCCGGAGAGCUCGGCUGCUACUGAGAAGCUGUUCGUGCCGCAGGAGUCGGACACACUCUUCUACCACGCGCCGCCGCUCUCGGCCAUCACCUUCAAGAGACAGUACAUGUGCAAACUCUGCCACAGGACUUUCAAAACAGCUUUCAGCCUCUGGAGCCACGAACAGACACACAAUUAGCUUUAAGAGAGGCCUUGCAGAGCUGGUUUUGGGGGGCUGUGUUCAGGAUCUCAGAGGCCUGCCACAUAGACGACAAAUUUAAGAAGAUCAAAAGGAUGAUGGUGAUGGUGGAAAAUCUGGAAUUUGUGAUGCUGCUUGGAUUUGAAGAUUAGGGAAAAUUAUAACUUGGUUAGUAGGUAGAAAGCAGAGUAAUUUAAAAUAUUGUGGUCUGGGAUCUAAUAGUAAGAGAAUAAAUUUUAUUUUAUUUCAUUUGACACUGAAAUACAAUUGCAUCUGGAUUGUAUGCAUGGAUCUUCAUCCCGUGAUGUUGGUGUGUGCGUGUGUAUUAUAUAUAAAGUUACAUAUUAAAUGAAAGAGAAACAACAAUUUGGAUUCUAACUGUGAGUGUGAAGGUUCUACUUAUGGUAGUGAAAUACUGUAACCAACGUCAUAAUUUGUUUUUCCAAAAGAAACCCACACACACAAGCUCCAUGUAAGUGGUUGCCAUGCACUGGCAGUUUGGGAGGAAGUGGAUGGAGUGUCUUGCUGUAUUGACUUAGGUCUUAGAAACCUUUAGCAAUAACAAAUAAACCUCAAGUUUGAGUAAUCUUGAUGUUAUUGGAUACAAAUGUUUGCUAUUUUAAGGGAACAUAGAAUUGUUUUGUUGUUGUAUGGAACUUGUGCAAAUUAAAAUAGAAUCUAAAGUCAGCAAUAUUAUUAAGAUUUUAUAUAAGAAGUAGCAGCAAGUCUGCUUUCAGCCAUUUAAUUAUAACUUUCUAAGGAAAAUUGAGAGAGGGGUACUUUGCUUUAUAUAAUGUCCCAAAGACUAAUUUCCUACGGAUACUUGGGUAGCUGAAGUCAUUGUGUAACAGCCAUCAUAAUGCAAAUGGUACUGUUUAUAACAUGAACUGAGGUUGAAUGGAUGUCAGACAAGUUUCAUAGUUUUGUUUCCACUAUUUGUACAACUGUUUGUAAUUUUAACUACAAAGGAAUGUAUAACUAUUAAAUCAUCAAGAGAGAGCUCGUUAAGGGACAGAAGAUGAGUUGUGUUUCUAAACACAAGUAACAAGCUCAGCCAUGAAGUACAAAGAUAUGUUUUAACAAAACCUAAAAAUGUAAAUAUUUAUAUAGACACCUGUAUAAAUGAAGAAAUAUGUAUUUGAAAUUUGUAUUAAGCGUACAUAUCCAGCUCAAAGCAGAGGAGAAAAUCACACUACAAUCACUGCAUUUUAUGGAUACAAUGCAUAUAGAGUAGUUCUUUCUGCUGCUUUACUCAUAUGUGACUGUGUUGCAAUUUUCCAAUUUGUUGAAAAUUGUGGUAAUAAUGGGCUGCAGAUAUUCUGUGUGCUUCCAUUAUUUUACCUCAAAUGGCAACUGGAGCAUUUAGUGUAAGUAGGAUCACACAUAUUUACCAGGAGCUAUAGUAAGGGUCCAAUUUUUUCUGUAAGUCAAGGAAAUAUUUACCCAGAAGUAGGAGGUGAACCAACAGUGAGAAAUUAUUUUGCUAGAAUUUUAACUUAGUGGAGGGGUGGUGGGUUGGAGUGAACAUAAAUGAUGCAAACUGUGUUUAUGAUCCUGACCAACGUUCCCCCUGCAGGGCUGGGAGAAGGGGGAUGUAAUUCCAGCCUGCUGAGUCAGAGCCCAGUCUGUGUCCACUGAAACCAGCAGGAAUUUGGUCACCAUUUCAGGGGGAGCAGGAGUGAGGCUUGAAUUCCCUGUGUAACCAUGUGUGUUGUUUCAGUAUCCCAAGUUCAAAAGCUAAAAUUGCAAGCUGAUGCUGAGAUUCAGCAAAAUCAAGCACAAUUGUAACUCCUAAGAAUCUGAGGGUGGGCACCCUUAGGCACACACCAGAUUUUUCUCAGUGAAAGCCAAGUGUGCCACCAUUUUUUUUUCCCAACAGAUAUUUAAUUAUUUUUCCUGUAAGUGAAGUUUGAAAGAAUCAGCUCAGGAUGGACCCCUGAUUUUUUUCAGCUACCAAAAAAAUCACAAUGUUAUUUUCAAGCCUCUUCUGCUUCGUUUUUCUUAUGAUCUAAAAUUGCUACUAGACACCUCUGAAAAUAACAUGUUGUUCUUUUUUGUCCUCUUUCAGGCAAACUGUGGCUGAGUUUGAUUAGGCUAAUUUGCUUGAGUAUCAGUUAAACUCUUUCAGUGGCAUUGCAGUUGAAACAAGGUACUUGCUUAAUAGUGACAUUUCCACUUACUGACUUUUUUAUUCCACCUAAUAAAACCAUAAAUUUCUUUCUUACCAGAAACGAUUUCAGAAUAAAAUGGUUAUUGCACUUAAACCUGGUUUUAAGAAUCAGAAAAACAUAAAGCCUUGCUAAGUACCCUUUAUAUAUGUUUUAAAAAAAAAUCUGUGUGUAUAAAAUAUGAACGUGUUUUCGUAGAAUGGUUCCUAAGUUUUCCCCAGUGAUUCUUCUGCACAACAGCCUGAAAGUUGAGCUACAGCCUUUUAAAAUUCAGUGUGCUUUCUGAAGGAAGGUGGCAUCCAGCUCAGCUGGGUCACAGCCAUCUCACUUCCAGCUGGGAUUCUGCUCUGUGCUAUGGUGAUAAAUUCUACACACUUUAAAUCAAAACCUUGUGCAACAUCUUUGAAGAAACCCUAACCUUUUCCUAGUGUACUAGGUAUUAUAAAGAAUCCAUUAAAUAUUUUUGGUCUAAGUAGCCUCCUAAGUUUUUCUUCAGUUGCUUUGGUUUUGAGGGGGUUUUUAAAGUUUUGUUUUCCACUUUGAGCGUGUUCUGUGUGAUUAUUAUUUUUUUUUUUUUUUACAUUUGGUUCCUGUUGUUUAGUAAAGGAAUUCAGGAUCUCUAAAAUUUAAAUAUGAGAUGUUUAUAUAGCAGUUCUGGUUUUCUAUUAGCUUUUAUACAGUAUCUUAAAAAGCCCUUGAUAGAAGUGUUUAUUUUGGAGGAUAUGGAAUAAAUAUGCUUCCACUUAUAUAACUUUAAUAUAUGUCUUAAAAUUUAAAUUAUGGGAAAAAAAUGUUAGUUGCUUGUUUAUAAAUAAAGGUCUUUUGAAGAGUGUCUAGUUUGGCCACAGCCAAAAUAAAAGGCAAAUUUAUUGAUGCAAAAGCCUGUUUUCAUCAUAUUUUGUUUAAUUUUAUAGCUGUGUAUUGAAGUGACAAAAAGUUAGAGGUCUUGUUAAAUAUAAAAAAAGUGUUUUGCUUUUUUUUCUAAAAUUUGUGACAGGAACGUGCAGAUGUUUUAAUAUAUAGAUUAGAAUCUAUAAUUCUGUCCUUUUUUUGCUAUUUUUAUAACCUAUCAGAUAAAUCUCAGAGAACUAUCCUGCUUCAGUGGGAGUGGAAACUAGUGUUGCAUUUCAGGGGAGCAGUGUUGAGCCAUGAAAUGUAUUUUGGUUUGGGACUUUUUUUUCCUUUCAGGCACUGUGUUGGCAAAGCCUCUAAGCCUAUCUUAAGUCCAUUAAGAUCAGUCUUAUUUUGUUUAUUUUCUUAAAUUGUUCUGUGCAAGUUCUUUGCUGAAUUGGGACCAUGACCAGCCUUGAAAGAGAGCAAUGGCAGCAAAACACAGGAGCCAGUGACAGAGCUGUCUCUGGUUUUGGGUUGUUGGUGAGGGAGAGUGAAACACCCCUGGCAGGUGAUGGAGGAGAUAACCUGGUGGAGAGGGUGAGCCCAGAGUUGGUCUGGGCUGCUCCAAAAAUGAGAUGUUGCAUUAUCUGUGACCCCAAGCAGCUCUAAGAGACAAGGCAGGGACAUCCAGGAGGUUUUGUUGCCUGAUGUUCAUUUUCCCCAAGUUGGACACGUGGGUUUGCUCCAGAGCUCUGCGUGCUCUCUGUUGCUGUUCCAAGCUUCCAGUGUUAAAUUGAGUUCCUCCCAUGGGAUAAGGACAGACUAUGCCUGAUUUCUUGGCUCUAACAGUGAGGCUGCAAAUAUCUGGCAUGAGCCUGUAAUCUGGCAUGUGCCUAUACUGUUCAAUAAAAUUGUUUACAUUUUCCUACCAGAUUUAGGUAAAAAUCAAAACAAGCUUAGGGGGUUGGUUUUUGUUGGAGUUUUUUUUAUCUGUUUGUUUUGGUUGGGGUUUUUUUUUUAUUGUUGCUGUUAUUGAAUCAGUGUUAAAAUAUUUUUUUUUCUGUUGUUGCUGAACACAGCCUGAUAGUAUUUUUAAUGUUAUUGAUUCUUGUUUAUUUAAAAUGACUUGUGAAAAACUGUACUGUAACUGCUCUACCAAAAGGGACACUAUCAAGAGAAAGGCUGGAUAUAGAAAAGUAAUAUACCUAUAUUAGAAAUACUUUAUAUUAAUUAAUAAUAUGGAAGAAAUUUAAAAAUUGAGUCAUAACACUUGAGCUGCUUGGGCAUGAAAAUUCUAUUAUGGGCAGCCUCAGUUUUUGCGAGGAUGUCUGAAAAAUGUAACUGAAUUCUGUGGGUUGAGCUGAUUUUUCAUGUUGCUUUUCCUCUCACUAUUCCAGAAUAAAGGACUCAGUCCUUUUUUUUCCUUUUCCAGACUCUCAGUGAUACACAUUAUCUUUUAAAGACACAAGCUUCCCACUAUUGCAGCAGCAGCUUUAAUUCAGUUGUGUACAGAAAAAUCAGAACAAACCCUCUUUUACAGCCUGAAGUGCAAAAUACACAUAAAGUACAUAUUUUGAGGCUUAUUCUUGACAGUGUCCUUUUUUAAAAAGCAGGAAAAUGGGAUCACUUUAAGUGCUUGGGUACAGGGGAAUAGUUUCCUACUAGAAAUUGGAAUUAUCCAAUAUAUUUUCUAGAGAGUUUUCCGGUUAGUUACACAAAAUCACUUGUCAUUUUAAAGGAUUAUAGAAGUAAGACAAGCAACUCUGGGUUUAUAAUCCUGUAUACCUUAUACAUUCUAUAUCUGUUCAAUACACCAGGAUGGGUUUUUACUUUUUUUAGGACUGAGACUUAAUAGCUUAAGGCAAUUUUUUCUUUAAUGUAAUGUAAAUCCAUUGCUGCUUUGUACAACUUUUUCUACUGUGUGGUUUCUUUACUUAGAUCUUGACUAAGAAAUGUUGACGUCCAAUAAACUUACACUUUGUUUCUUUUGA